AUGUUAGGUUCUUCUCAUCAGCACCACUGGGAUUACCAUGAUCAGGACGCAUGGUUAUCUGUGUUUGAACACUGUAGUGGAAAAGCUCAGUCUCCAAUCAACAUAGACACUUAUAAGGUUUUCUAUGAGCCCAAACUCCCUCCCAUUAAACUGGAGGGUUAUGAUCUCACCGGCUCUCCCGCUCUUACCCUCAUCAACAAUGGACACACGUUGCAGCUGAGUCUGCCGAGCAGCGUGCGCAUCAUGAAGGGAUUCGAUCACGUUUACGUCGCAGCCCAGCUUCACUUCCACUGGGGAACUAAAGAGGUCCCUGGCUCAGAGCACACCAUAGAUCAUGUUCAUUUCCCUGCUGAGAUCCAUGUGGUUCAUUAUAACUCCAAAUAUGUAGAUAUCAUUGAGGCUGCUAGUAAAGCUGAUGGAUUGGCAGUGUUAGGAGGAUUCAUAGGUAUCGGCCUCCAUGACAAUGACAACUAUGAGAAGAUCCUGUCUGCGUUAACAGACAUCAGCAUAGAGGAGUCAGACACUGAGAUUCCUGGUUUUAAUGUGCGCCAUCUGCUGCCGGACUGCUUGGACAGGUUUUAUAGGUACAACGGGUCCCUGACGACCCCACCGUGUUUCCAGACGGUCAGCUGGACUGUGUUCAACGAUUCAAUCAGAGUCUCAAGAAGACAGCUCACCGCCUUGGAGGAUACAUUGAAAACUGAACACAACAAGCUUUUGUCCAAAAAUUUCAGAGCGCCACAGCUUCUGCAUGGAAGAAAAGUGUUGGCAUCUUUCCAAACAGAAUCCACUACAGGAAAAGCCAGAGAAGCUCCUACACCUGAAACACAAGACUACAAAAUAAUGGAGUCUAGUGGACACAUUCUGGCGAUUAUCUUUGGGGUUCUGUUUGCUGUCACGUUGCUGCUCUUUUCCAUGUACACAUAUCUACAGCAGUCAAAGUUAAAAAAAGACUCCAAGCAAAAUGUUGUUUAUAAACCAGCUGCCGUUGAAGAAGACAUAGAUCAGACCAGUUACUGUAACAUAAAGCACAAAUUUAUUCAGAAACUUGUUUUUGUAUUGUUUGCUUGUUAA